AUGAGUGGAGCACAGGUAAGAAAGAGGUGAGAUCUUGUCACAUUGCCGAUACCAUUUUCAGUUUGGAACGAAUCCUGCGGUUACUGGGCGAAAGUUCAAGAUCUUUGAGCUCCACCGCGCGUGCACCCAGGGAAAGAUGCACUGCCUUCUGACGACCGACGAGAACUUCAUGCGGGAACUUGGCCGUGUCGGAUUUCAAGUACAAAGCAGGUUUUUCUGAAAAAUAAUUUGAAGACCCUCAUUCAGAUCGUCGCUUUCUCGGAGAACGGCACCUUCAAGUGCCCUGUCUGGGCAUCUUUGAAUCCACAAAACCGCAGAUGGUGCUCAAUCCCUGAGAAACCGACUCCGGUCAACGUGCUCCAACUUCAGUUGUCCAAUCCUCCACAGUACUUCUCAAAGAAAAUAGCUUCCACGGACUUGAAAGCGAGUUCCCUCGUCGCUCCCGGCAGCGUGCCAUUGGAAAUGUCAUUCCUUGGAGAGCUGCCUCACCUCCCUCCAGAAAUGGAUGCUAUUCGAAACACUUUCACCAGAAACCUGGUGGGAUUAUUCCAGAAUUUUAGAAAUUAUCGUUAACAUUCACUUAUAGAUGCGUCUUCUGUGGUCCGAUGAGCAGAUUUACGAGGGAAUGCUCAAAGAUGCUUUAGAAAAACAGACAUUGGCAUCGAGCGGACGGAAACGGUCGCAUGACGGAAACUUGGUAAGUUGAUGAUCAUCGUGAAGAAUUCUCAAAUACAGUUUCGAACUUUUUUCAGAUUGCCGGUCCCCAUCAACUUGAGGACUACGAGUCGGCGCGCGCGACUUCGACUAUUCCCCCUUCGAAAAAUUAA